AUGGCCGAUGUGGCCGUCGACGAGAGAAGUGCCCUGCUGCCGGGCGACCACACAGGGGCUUCUUCGGACGACUUGGAGCGACGGCAAUCUUACAGCACCUCGUUGAGACGCAUCUCCUCUGCGAACUUGCCGCCGUAUCACGAGGACCACGCCCCGACCAGUGACGAGCCGUCUUCGGCGCUGACCAUCUGGACCGUCGUGCCGGUGUCUCUGCUCGGCGUCUUCGUCGCCAAUCUCGACGGCAGUCUGAUCAUCGCCUCGAGCCAGCAGAUCGCGUCCGAGUUCAAUGCCCUGUCGAACGCCUCGUGGCUGGUCACCAGCUUUGUGCUUGCCCUCUGUGCUAGCCAACCGCUGUAUGGCAAGCUAAGCGACAUCUUUGGCCGACGGAGCAACCUGACGGUAUCGUACGUCUUCUUUGCAGCUGGAUGUUUUCUCUGUGGCGUUGGUCAGCAGUACUGGCAAGUCAUCGCGGGGCGCGCCAUCUCCGGCGUCGGUGGAGCGGGCAUGACGGCCUUGGUAUCUAUCAUUAUCGCUGACGUCGUCCCCGUGAGGCAAGUCGCAAGCUGGAGGAGCUAUGUCAACAUCGCGGCCACGACGGGGAGAGCCUUAGGUGGCCCUCUCGGAGGUGUCUUGUGCGACACCAUCGGCUGGCGCUGGUGCUUCUACGGUCAAGUGCCACCCACGAUCAUCGGCCUUCUCCUGAUUCUCUGGAAGUUACCCACCAGGACCGCGAAGACGAGCAAGCCCGACAACGACGACGACGACGACGACGACGAGGAAAAUGAGGUCUCUUUCAGGCAGAAGCUCGCGAGAGUGGACGUGCCGGGGGCUCUUGUGCUGAUGGUCUCCAUCGUCAGCUUUCUGCUCGCGCUGGAGUUCGUGACCGAGGAGCUCCUACUCGUGUACUGCGUGAUUCUGGGCGUGGUCUCGCUCCUGAGUCUCGCUCUGUUCUACCGCAUCGAGAAGCGAUGGGCCAAAGAACCCAUCCUGCCGAUCGAGCUCUUCACCAACCCGGACACGCUGACGGCAUACGUCCUCGUCGGGGUCCAAAUGGCCGGCCAAUUCGGCCUCUUCUACUCGGUCCCCAUCUACUUCCAGAUCAUCUCCGGCACCAACGUCGGCCAGGCCGGCCUGCGGCUCGUGCCCUCGGUGGUCGGCAACGCCACGGCGGGACUGUUAGCAGGAUACAUGAUCUCCCGAACGGCCCGCUACAAGGUCCUGACUGUGCUAGGCAACUGCGCGGGGUGGGUGGGAUACUUCUUGGUCCUGCUGCGCUGGGGACGAACCGGCGCCGCCGCCAUCCACCCGGCCGAAACCCUCUACAUCUUCCUGGGCGGGUUCGCGACGGGCACGGACCAGUCCACCACGUUCAUCCACCUGGCCGCCAAUCUGGACGCCAGCAAGAUGGCUGUCGCCGGCACAACGCUGUAUCUGAUUCAGAAUCUGUUCCUCCUCAUCGGCAUUCAACUGGCCACGGCAAUCCUGCAAGCCAGGCUGAGGAUCAGACUUGACAAGGGCCUAGACGGCGUGAAGCACAAGAAGAAGAUCAUCGAGUCGGCCAUCUCGAGCGUUCGAUCCAUCCGCACACUUCCCCCACGGAUAAGAGACGUCGUCAUCGGCGCCUACCUCGACGGCUUGGUCUACACCCCUCGUGAUGCAAUCAUCAGAUUGUGUCGUCGGGACCACACAUAUAACUAUGCGCAAAGAGAUCUAUGA